GCAAAAAGGUAAAGGUACAGUUGGUUCCGUCCGGCGAAGAGUGAGCAAAAAAUCUCUGUUUUUUCCGGGAGUCAAGUAGCGCCAGAGUGGGAAGAAGAGCUGAGAAUUCGACGGAGGGCUCGCCGGUUCUUCGUCAUCUGAUCGUUUUGCUCCUGCAUUUUCUGGAAUGGAGGAAGAGGAGCAAUCAUGGGAGUCAAAAGAAGGAAUAUUGAAAAAUGUCACUGAUCCACCUGACGGUGCAGUUACAAAAGUUUGUACUGAGAUAAAGAAUGGAAAUGGAAAUAUGAGGGAGGAAGUCAAGAAUUAUGAAAAUGAACAUGAUAGUUCUGAAGAAUUCAAGGAAGUGGUGAAUUUGAAAGAACGGAAGGACGGGGAGGAGAGGAAUAGUGUAAAACAAAUUGAGAAUAGGGAAGAAGGUAAAAAUAUAGAGGAAACCGAAGUUGUGAUUGAAAAGGAGCCAAGGAAAGCUGUGGAUGGGAAGGAAAAGGAGGCUGUGGAUUCUCAUGAUAUGGAGGGAAAGAAGAAUUUAGAGAAAAAUAAAGAUGAGGAAAAGAAGAAGGAAGUGGAAGUUCAGAAUGUUAAUGAGGUGGAAAUUGGGUUAGAGGGAAUGGACGGGGAAGUGAGUAGCGUGUUGGAAAGGGUGGAGCUUGCUGGAGAUAAGAAGUCUGUAGAAGCUGUGGAAGGCGUGGAAUGCAGCAAUGACAAGAAUGGCAUUGGAGAGGAUGAAGCUGUUGGAAAGAAGAGCGAGGAAGAAGGCAGCAAUCCAAUAUCAGAUAAAUCUGUCGAAGAACUGGAGAAUGAUAACGUUGAAGAAGGUGUGGAAGAGAUGAAAGAUGUUGAACAUGGUGAAACUAGGAGUGGUGACAAGGAUGAGGAAAGCGUUUUAGUUCAAGUUGAAGCUAGCGAUGGAGGGAAGGCUAGAAAAGAGGCCAAGGAUAUGGAAAUCUGUGGAGCUGAAGAGGUGGUAGAGAAAGAAGCUGCUGAUGUGAGAGAUGAGGGGAAGCUUGUUGUGAGAGAAGGGGAAGAAGUGAAAAAAGACAAUGGCGGAAAUGCUGACAAGACAGUGGGUUAUAAUCAAAAUGAGGAGUCUUUGAAAAGGAAAAGGGGCAGAGCUCAAGGACCUUCUGAAGCUGGUGAAGCUAAGAAAAAUGGUGGCACUAAGGAAAAUGUUGAAGAAAUGGAGGUUGAAGGAAGUAGAAAGAAUUCUAUGGAUGUGUUGAGUUCCCCUGUGGUCUCUUCUAGUGACCGUCCUGUGCGUGAAAGGAAAACUGUUGAGAGGUGGGUAGAAGUUAUCCAGAAAGCGCCGGAUAGAACUGUUAUCAUCGAGAAGGGCCGAGGAACUCCUUUGGAAGAAAUACCUAAUGUGGCAAAUAACUUGGCUAGAAAGAAGCCUGCAGAAUUGAAAUUCCUGCAUCAGACUCUCUUUGGAAGGAAAGGAAAGGCAGUCGAUUUUAAGAGCAACCUCUUGCAGUUUUCUGGAUUUACUUGGCAUGAAAGUGAGGAGAAACAAAGAGCUAAGACAAAGGAGAAGCUUGACAAAUGUGUAAAAGAAACUUUGUUGGAAAUGUGUGAUUUGUUUGAUUUGACUGUAUCGAAAACUAAUACUAAAAAGGAUGAAAUUAUAGUGCAGCUUUUGGAUUUCAUGGAAGCUCCUCACGCAAUGGGUGAAAAGCAGUCAUCAAAAUCUCGAAAGAGGGAGAGAGCUCCGGAAGCCGAUGCUUCAAAAGGUUCAGGAGGCAAUUUUGAAAAAAAGUCUAGGCAGAAACAUGACAAGACUGAGGGCACACCAAAUUCAGAUGUAAAGAAUGAAGAUGAAGAUUCAGAAGAACAAUCUCAAAAAGAAGAUGUCGCACGAAGUCAUUCUAAGAGCGAUGCAGAGGAGAAGGAAUUAGAAGAAACAGGUGAUGAAGAAGAAGAUGAAAGCGAGGUUGAUGCUAAAGUUAGAAAAAGAAAGAAAGUAAAGAAAUCUUUAAAAGGGAAAGAAAACAAAGAUGUUAAGAAGUCCCCCAGGAUACAGGCCUCUUCUGAUACUAUGAAGAGGAAAAAUGGGAUCAACUCUAUAAAAAAUACUCCAAAAGCUGAUGGAAAAAGCUCUUUGAAGACACCACCCUCCAAACAUUCAAAGGCUGAGAAAAGUAGUGGUGAAAAGGCCUUGUCAAGAACAAAAAAGGAUGCUGAAUCACCUAAGAAAUCAAACUCAAAGUCAAAUUUGAAGGAGAAAUCUUCUGGCAAAGCAUCUAAAAGUAAGAAAAAGUCCAGAAAAGUGCAGAAAUCUGGUCCCAGCAAAGCAGAGCUUCUGAAGUCUAUAUCCGAGAUCCUCAAGAAAGUUGAUUUCAAUACGGCCACAUUUACAGACAUUCUUGAGCUACUGGCUUCUGAAUACAAAAUAGAUCUUACUCCAAGAAAAGCUGCAAUCAAACUAAUGAUCCAAGAUGAGCUGACCAAGAUGGUUGAUGAGGAGGAAGAAAACCAAGAUGAGGAGGAAAUGCAGUGAAAUAUACUUGUUUUGUAGUUAUUUAGGGGUUCUUAGGCACCUUUAUGAAAAAUAGAACUGGUUUUUUGUUCAUUUUCUUAGUUGGAAAGUACAAAAAAGCUGGUGAAUAUCAUCAUUCAUCAACCUUGUUACUUUUUGAUGACCUUUUUACUAGAAAUGAAAUCAUGGUAGCUGAUAAUCUAAUUUAA